CAUCCGUUGCUGUGGUGUCCAUCCGCUCUACUCUCAUUUGAAAAAGUAAGCCUGGAGAACUGGAGCCUCAGUGAUGAUACCCCCACCCCAUUAAGUCCCAGUUGAUAAGGACUUUGACCCUGGCCUUCAAAGAUCACCUUAACUGCACACCAUGGCUGCUGCAGAGACUGUUCCUGAAAACUCAGAAUGUCCUGUAUUAGAAAUGCCUAAGCAAGAUUUUUUUCAAGAAGCAAAAGCUCUCAUUGCCCAACAUGAGAAAAUGAAUGAGUAUAAAUUUAAAGGCCCUUCCAUAAAUGUUUUUAAAAAUAAACACCAAAAACCAAAAUCUGGAAAAUUCUUACCUUUGGAUACUAAAAAUAAGGAAACGCUUGAUGUGCUCCAAGAACUUCAGAUGACACACCAAAGUAUUUGUCCUUCCAAAGACCUUUCCAAAAGAGAACAAUUUAAAGAGCGCCCACAACCAACUUUCAAAGUGCCACCAAUUUGUAUUAUAAAAGAAAAAUGCCAGCAGCUUGAAGAUAUAAGUGGACAAAUGAGACUGGGUAAACUAGUGGCUGAUAUUGAGGCAGUGAGUAAAAAUAUAGAAGAAGAAGAAAGGAUACAUCACUAUGAGAAAUUCAGGAGCAGAGUUUUGGAUGCCUACCCCAACAAACUUAACUUGCCCUUGAAGUCCAUGACCUCCUUUUCUGUGUGGAACCUGAUAGGAAGUGCAAACAAAGUCUACGAUUGGAGAGGAGCUGUGUCAAUAAAUUCUGAAUUGGCUUCUGUCGCCAGUCGCCUUAGUUUCUCUGAAACAUCAUCGGUGUUUGCAGAUUAUUCUGUUAAAAGCAUUCUAAAAAAGAAACUGCCUAUCAAGCAAGAACAGAAACCACAUCAAAGGACAAAAUCUAUUUUAUGUAAAGUUGAUAAAAGUGACAAUAAAGUUAGCAGGAUUGGACCACACAUAGAAAUCUUCCAAGUCUUCCAGAAAAAGGAGAAAUUUAAAGCUAACAUAAAAACAGUUAGAAUGAUCAUCGCCGUGCAAGCAUUUGUCAGAGGGUGGCUUGAACGCAAACGAUUACAAAGGUUAACUGCCAAGGCUUUGUAUCAUGGACCAAAUUUGAAAUCAGUUGUCAACAUGUAUCGCAGACUAAUCCACCGUAUUAAAUACCGACUUGAUCUUACUAGGACAAGAACAAUUAUAAAGUAUUCAGAGCUAGAGGAAUGGAUGGACAGAAAGAAAUUCUAUGAGACAAUGUUCUCAAAGAGAGAAGACUGGCAAGGAUUAGAAAGAAGUGAAUUGCUGAAAUACUUCAAUGACUGUGGCCAUUUCCCAGUCCAGCAGCAAAUUGAUGAUGUUUGGAACCGGGUCCACAUACAUUACCGUGAAAGAUGCUCUGAUCUGGUCACCAAGCCAAAUGCAAUUGAAAUGUUAUUUACACUCUACCCUCCUCAAGGUGCCCAUGUAAGUGAUAAUACAGGACGACUUAGGUCAACUUGGCUGAGACCUAUAGUGGAUGGGGAAGAAGCAUAUAAAUACAUAGUGAGUGGACAUCCAAUACUCAAAAGAGCUGACAUCAGAAUUGUUGGAAAGUUAGUGACCAAAUCUAUCAGAGAAAGGAAAUUGAGACAACAUUAUUUAAUGAGAGACCAAGAAUGACAUUAUCAUACAAUACUGUUAACUUGGGAAUUUAACAUAUAUUUCCCAAUACAUAGAUUAACACUGGUCAUGGCUUAAUUAUGUAUGUUUAAAUGAAAAAUACAGGCAUAUAUAUAUAUCCAAAGGACUUCAACAAUCAGUCUAUACAGUCUAAAUAUACUUGGAUGAACCUUUCAUUGAAUCUUCUGCAUUAAACAUCUGUUUUAUUAUAAUAAGAUAAAUUUCAUAAUGUUAAGUAAUUAUUUCACUAGACAAUCUUUUUGUUCCAUGACCAAUAAAUGCCAUUAAAAAGCUUUAA